AUGGGUACCAGAGUUGGCAACAAAAAAGACUUGCGCAAUGAUGAGUCUGUUCGUGCUGAUCUAAAGCGAUUGGGUCUUCAGCCAGUGUCAUACGAAGCCGAGUGCUCAGCCAAAACUAAAGAAGGUGUGCGGAAAGUUUUUGAAACUGCUACUAGAGCCGUGCUGGAAUCACGAAAGUCAAGUAAACGGCGCUGCAAGAUACUGUGA